GGAGUAAGUGCAGUGAACAAAGGAGUGCUCAUUAGCUAAUCUAUUUUGUUGAACCUUUGAGCAAUCCGAGCACGCUCUAGUGCGUUUGGUUCAAUUUUUGUUAUUUUUACAAUCCGCUUAAAUUUCAUCUCUCUAAUUUUCUCAAUUUUCUCACCUCAAUUUUUGUACAUUUCCGGCUCUUGAUUUUGUGGAAAGUGACAAUUCCUGCUCUGCUCUACUGUUCUGACUGUCACUAUUUUGUCAAAUGUCAAGGUGACAUUCAUUCGACAUUCAUUGAUUCAUUUCAUUUCAUUCAUUCAAAAUAAAAGAUUGAAAACAGGGAAAAAUUAAGUUUUCCUCUAUAAAAAAUGGUCGGGAAAAAUCCAAAACCCAAAAAAAAAGUUGAAAGACUACAUUACCGAAACCUGGAACCCUCGGAAGUGGUUUGUCCAGUUUGUAGAACAAUUUUCGUUGAGCCUGUAACGUUGCCCUGCGAUCAUGUCUUCUGUAAAGAGUGUUUCGAGGAUACGAUGGAAAACGUAACUUUGGGGUGCCCCCUUUGCAGAAAUCGCGUCGGUUCGUGGGUCAGGACCGCCAAAAAGGCCGACAAAUUUAUCAACAAGGAGUUUUGGGAGGCAAUACAAAGCCAGUAUGCAAAAGCACUUCGAAACAAAUACCAUGGCUUUGACAAUGAUUUUGAAAAAGAAGAGCCUGUGAUUAUUGUAGCCCGUCCAGGGGACAUCCGUAAAGAAUAUGAAAAAGAGAAAAAUAAACACUUGGAGGAACAAAAUAAGAGUAAGGCUGAAGAAGAAAUGGCUAGUGCAGCUCUUAUUAAAAACCUUAGUGAAGAAGAGGCUCAUGAAAAACAAGCCAAAGAAGAACAAUUGAGGAAAGAUGAAUUAUUGGCUCAAAAACUACAAGAAGAACUUAACGCUCCAUCCACAUCCAGAAGGCUUAGACCAGUCAAUGCAAACAAAGCUGGUCCACUGGAUCGAUUCAUUAAAAAUCAAUCAAUCAAAAAUUCUAAAAACAGUCCUGAACAAAAACAGCCCAAAAAAUUGUUUGUUGCUGAGAGAAAAGUUAUGUGCAGUAGCAGUGGAGACAAUAGUGACAUUAUCGAUCAAGAAUGCAGGUUUUAUUUUAAACCCAUUGAUUUAAAUAAGAAAUAUCAUAAACCUGGUAAAGUACCUUUGAAGGUUUCUGCUGUUAAAGGCCUUCUGACUGGAAAAAAAAUUGUAAGACCACCUUCAGGUGAAAAGCCCAGAAUAGGAUACGGGCAAACAGCAUUUGCAUGGUUUAUUUCAGGCCCAACUAGGAAAUCAGUGGAAGAAGUCAAGCAAAAAGUCCCUACUGGAAAAGAACUACCAUCAACUUCUCAUCAAAGUCUAAAGCGAAAAUCGAAUAGUUUUGAUGACACAAAAUUACCAAAGAAAAGGACAAUAGUCGUGCCAAGCAGUGCAAAGAAAAAUGACAAUUUGCCAGUAAAACGCAGUAAUACUUGGUCUCAAACAUGUCAUCAUAUGACUACUAGAAGAUCUAAAGCAAGCACCCCUUCAUCAUUUUUAGGAUUCGAUACAAGUGAAAUAGAGGAAUCUGAAAAAAUUUCAAACUCUAUAAAAAAUAUUCCGCAUUCAUAUUUAAAAAAUAAACAAACUGAAGACAGUAUCAAGAAAAUAAAAUUAAAACAAUCUAUUGACAUCAACAGAAAUAUUCCAAAAUCAACCAAUGUGACCCUAAAUAAUAGCGCUAUAGAUUCCAUAAAUGGUGAAAUUAAUGGCCUAAGUCCAGAAAGUCCUGUAAUAAAUAACUUUAUUGGAAAAAAUUUGAUUCAAUUUAACAAACCCAGCAAGAAUCCCAUCAUAUUUGAAACCCCGCCUGGAGAUUUUGACAGUAGCGAUUCUGAGGAGGAUGUAGUACUGUCUAAUUUAAUUGACAGCUUCUGCAAAUCUAAAUUAGAGGAAAGCGCGCCUAUUAUCCCUAAAAAAGCACCAAAGAAAGUACCUUUGUCUAAAGCUGGUACAUCUAAGAAUGUGGAUAAUGAUUCCAAAGCUGAAGAAUUAUGUUUAUCCAAGGCAAGUCCUGAAGAAAAAAAGCGAAAAAGGCAAGAGAUUGAUGAUUUUGCUUUAGCGAAGAAGCUUCAAGCUGAAUUUGAUAGGAUUCAUGUUUUGUCUACGACAAGACGUGGCACUAGAAGAAGACAAGUUACUUUAGAUGAAAUGUUGACUGUGUAGCUAAGUAAGAAUUUUCGCCAUGAUCUUUUUUCCAGUAUUUGGUAUAGUAGUAUAAGAAAGUUUACACAUACUGUGGCAUUUUAGCUUGGGUAGAGUUUAAUUUAAUUCAAAAAAAUGUGUUUGGUUGAGGAAAAAUUUGCUUAACUAAUUCAUAAUUAAAAUUAGCUCUAAAAUAGAUUCUAUGAAAGUACAAUAUUUUUAAAAAUAUAUAUUUAUAUUCGUCUCUAUGAAUAAAUACCAGUUAAUUAUUUUUGUAAUUAUUAGGAACUUUUGGGUUGCGUUUUCCAUAUGCGAGAGCCCAAACUUAGUUAGUUUUUCUUUAUUUUUAUAUACUAACAGUGAUAGUAUGUUUAAGAAAAGGUUGUGAUGGUUUGUCUGACUAACCAUUGUUCACUAGACUAUUAUUUGAUUGAUUACCAGAGGUGUAAUUAACAAAAAAUUGUAUUUCACUAAAUAAUUCAAAACUUUUACAAUAAUCCUGUUUAUAUUUAGUAAUUAGCUAUAUGUAUUAUUUGUUGUAAUUUGCAGAAGAAGAUGUUUUCUUUUGUACAAAAAAAAAGUUUAUUUUAAUUAAAUAAUCUUUGUCCAAUAAUGUUAA